CCCCGCCCGCGCGCGCCGCACGGAGCCGGCCGCCGAGCCGCGCAAGCCGGCCGCCGAGCCGCGCAAGCCGGCCGCCCGCGCCGCCCCCGCCCCCGCCAGACCGCCGCCCACAGCACCAGCCAAGGAGAACAGGCCACCAGCGCCUCGUCCGCCGCCGACGGACCCCAACAUGGCCCAGUGCCCGAUCUGCCAGCGCCAGUUCAACAAGGACCGGCUCGAGAAACACCAGACCAUCUGCGAAAAGUCCUCCAAGAAGAAGCGCAAGGUGUUCGACCCGGUCAAGAUGCGCGUCAAAGGCACAGAGUCCGAGAGCUACCUGCGCAAGAUCAAGAGCAAGAAACCUGAGAAGGAGGCUCCGAAGCCGGCCAAGAAGGACUGGCGCAAGCAGCACGAGGAGUUCAUCCGCAACAUCCGCGCGGCCAAGAAGGCGCAGCAGCACCUGGCCAACGGCGGCAAGCUGGAGGACCUGCCGCCGCCGCCGCCGAUGGACACCUCCGACUACGUGCAGUGUCCGCACUGCGAGCGCCGCUUCAACGAGGCGGCCGCCGACCGGCACAUCCCCAAGUGCGCCUCCAUCUCCAGCAACAAGAGCAAGCCGGGCACCGGCCGCGCCUCCGCCGCCGCCAAGAAGCCGGCGGGCCGUGUCUCGGCCGCCCCCAGACUGCGCCGCUAGAGCGUCCUGGGUCGUCGACGGUGGCGCCCCCGGUACGGGUGCCAUGGCUCAGCCACACACAGAGGAGCUGACUUUCAGAUAGGACGCUACUGCGGGGUGAAAAUGAGACCCGACUUGUGACCCAAGAGCAGUGAUGGCGGGACGCGGUCUUUUGCCACAAAAGCCCAGCAGGCUCGCUUCAACCCCUGGAGAGGGUGAGGCUGGUCGUUUUAGAGACCGACAGCGCGGUUGGGAUCAUGGCGUCCUUUAUCAUGGUGUAGCAGACAGCCUAGCCACCCUUCACUUUGCUAUGUACUUCAACGGCCUGAGCCUGUCGGCGGCUUCUCGCGUUGUGCUUGAAAGCAGCACAUCAUUUUAUGGUCUUCCACGUACUAUACCCGACCUCCAUAGAAAGUCAUUCAUUUUUAGCUGCCUCUAAGCACCAGCUGUAUUUGUGAUAAGUUUCCUACGCAUCUCCUCCGCGAUGCUUAGUUCUCCAACUUUAUUUGGUUACGUUCGACCAUUUGAAUCACGUUUACGUAGCUAAGUAAGACUUCCUGAACCUUCAAUGAAAAGAAAGAAGCGGGUCUCAUCAGAGGAAUACACCUGUUCAAUGGUCAUCGUAAUAUGAUCCCCAAGAACAGGGUAAUACAACGAGGUCAACCAUCAGGCCAAUAUUACUGAACUCAUCGUUCGACAAUGAUACAAGGAAAAACUUAGCGACUCCAAGGCUUGUCGUUUUCUUUUUGGUUUCAGCAACCGUGAUGCGUUGGUAAAUGUGGAGCCCGCAGUCGUAAAAAACUACUGUCAUUAUGUACAUAUCGACAGUCGACACCUUUUUUUUAAACCCUACAUCUGCUCUCCCGUGAAUUUCCGGGAGGCACGAAAGAUCUCCUUUUAAAAGUGUCCAAUCGUCCGAUCCUGAUCAAAUAUGUGUGUUCGUAGGCCUGUUCUGGUAUUGCUUUAUCUGCCAAGACAGACAAACUUGAGAAAAAUCGAGUGAUUGUACCUUUUUUGAAGGUCUCUAACCAACUUGUCUGAAAUUCACCGAAGAACAAAUGUGGGGUUUAAAAAAAGGUGUCGAUAUAUGGCUGUUGGAUCGAACGCGACCAGUGUAGGUAGGAGGACAGAGCGAAGAUAUACAUUUGAAUGCGUCAUCCGAAGUUAUUUAUGACGUCCAUAACCGUUGACUGAAUGCUGUCUCGAAUUUCUGAGCGAUGGAGUCUGGUCGCUUGAAUGAGUGCCGACAUUGUAAGAUGCUGCGUAGUAGAUGCGGUGAAAGCAUCCGAUGCAUGCUUGCUAAAUAGUAUUACGGAUGGAUGUUCGGGAGCAACGAAGCCUACUUGAGCAGAAACGUCCAUUUCUGUGAUACGUUGGUAACUGUGGCGCGCGCGCCCUUAGACUAUGCGAGAGCGAGGUGGCAUGAUGAUGAUGCAGCAGGUGGAACUAUGGUGGAUGUAAACGCGGAAGUGUUCCUUCUGGGCGUAAGCGCUGUUUCGAAGUCUAGAGCGAUCGCGUAAUAUCCAUCCUCAAUAUCUAAUAGCACUUCACGAAACCGCAUCACUGACCAGAGACUGGUGAGAAAAGUGAAGAGAUUUUAAUUAAUGACCGCAUUUCACUGGUCUGUAACAAGUCAGCUUCAGUAGUACCCUGGUAGCCUUCAUCGGAAGGAGAGACGUGACUUGCGAGACGCAAUGUCAGGAGCGCUGUGGUAUGUGGAACUGUGGAUAUUUGUCGUCUUGACGGGAAAUGUCUGGACCCAAGUUCCGCAAUUGCGCGGAAGCUUAACUCCUCGUACGCGUCGAUAAUUUGUAUAAAAUAAACGGUGAAAAUCCC